ACCAUGACACGACUGGAGCGCAGUUCCUACAAGCGGCUGAUUGUCUGCUGCGAUGGAACCUGGCAAGACUCGACAGCUGACUCCGCAGACCCGCCAUCCAAUGUCACGCGGUUGAGCCGAACCCUUAGCCAGACGGCGAUUGUCGAAGAGGAUGGCGUUAAGAAAGAAGUCCCGCAGAUUGUAUACUACCAAAAAGGGGUUGGUACCGGCCUGGGAGACAAAUAUAUGGGUGGCGUUACUGGAUUGGGCGUGAGCGCCAACGUCCGAGCCGCGUACGGCUUUCUCACCGACAACUACAGCGAGGGCGACGAGAUCUUCUUUUUCGGCUUCUCACGCGGCGCAUACACAGCACGCGCAAUUGCAGGCCUAGUCUGUCGCUGGGGAUUGCUCACGCACCGAGGCAUGGACAAUUUCACAAAUGUGUACGACGACUUCUACGAGAAGCAGAUCCCAAGCUACUCUCCGGAGGAGCGACGCCGGCUGGGCUUCCGAGACGAGCUACCGCCCUUCACCGUCAAGAUCAUUGGCGUGUGGGACACGGUAGGGUUCCAGAAGGCCUGGCUCGGCAAGGACCUGGGCGAGCGCCUGGAACUGCGGAAUACUCAACUGCUCCCGAACGUCAAGUACGCCUUUCAUGCCCUGGCACUGGAUGAAGAUCGUACCGCCUACUCUCCGAUUCUCUGGCAUGUCCCGCGCCCGAAUCCCGGCCAGGAGCUUCUCCAGGUGUGGUUCUCCGGCGUGCACACCGAUGUAGGGGGCGGGGGAAAGGACCCCCACCUGGCGAAUAUCUCCUUGGCCUGGAUGAUUUCUCAAUGCAUGAAAGACCGGCAACUCAGCUUCGACAUUGAUGAGUAUCUCUUCGAUAUCCCCCCACCCAUGGUAGAGAGCGACGUCACUCCGUGGGCCACCAGCCAGGGCAAGACCGACACGGCAAGUCUGGUCCGCACAUUGGAAGGCGUGCUUGGGGGGAACUCGCAUCGGACCCCUCUUGGAUAUAAUCCCAAAGGCGAGGAAGAUGAUUUCACUGGGGAAUACAUCCACGAGUCCAUCAAUGAUCGCAAAUUGCGCAGUUGGAGCUGGCCGUGUGCUCCCUUGAAGGCGAAGAAGGGCGAAGGAUCUUGGAUACUGGCGGAUUCAAAGACGAUCUUGGAGAUCCGUGCAUUGGAAAGAGAAAGGUAUAUGAAGGGUAGAAUUCGUACUGUUCAUGUGAAGGAGGUCGAUUAG